AUGGACAAGCAUAUGUCAGAAGUAGAUAAUGAAAGCAUCAUUAUACGCAAUGCAUCUAAUUUCUGGAGGUAUCAUAAUAAAUAUGGUUUUGAUUUGACUCGACAGAAUGAUCAUCAAACUUGUUUUUCUAUUCGUCUUGAAACAACAACUAUGCCUAUUGAUAUCGAUCCCACACGGUCAGCUCUAGUUAUUACUGAUAUGCAAAACUUUUUUAUUUAUCCAGCUUUACGAUCGCAUGAUACAGGUCUUACCGCAUCAAAGCAACUUCUUCAAUUUGCAAUUCCUGCAGCACGAAAAGCAGAUAGUCAAACUUAUAUUUUGGGUCAAUUGGGGUUUUACCGAAGACGACAUAGAACUAGCCGCAUCAGCAUUAAAACGAGUGUUUGCGCGUGA